AUGAUGCAAGAAUACGACGAUGACUUCUUCUUCGAGGAGGACAAAAUGGGUAUGACGGUGACGUCGGGUAGUGUGGUGCUGAAUAAAGAUGAGAAGAAUCUGAUUGGUAUCAGUAUAGGUGGAGGAUCACCGAUAUGUCCAUGUUUGUACAUCGUGCAGAUAUUCGACAAUACUCCCGCAGCUAAAGAUGGUACACUGCAGAGUGGAGAUGAGUUAGUCGGAGUUAAUGGACAGAGUGUUAAAGGAAAGACUAAAGUCGAGGUGGCUAAAAUGAUACAAGCGACAAAGGACACGGUAACAAUAAACUAUAACAAACUCCACGCAGAUCCAAAGCAAGGAAAAUCUCUAGAUAUAAUAAUGAAGAAAAUGAAACAUAGGCUAGUUGAGAACAUGUCCACUGGUACGGCAGAUGCUUUAGGGCUCUCCAGAGCAAUACUAUGUAAUGAUACUCUAGUUGCCAAACUCAAUGAAAUGAGAGAUACGGAAACGACUUAUAAAAAAUUAGUGGAACACGCGAAAAGAAUGCUCAAAUCCUAUUUCGACGUCCUUCAAACUUAUAAGUCAUUGGGCGAUGUAUUCGCCUCUAUCGGUGUGAGAGAACCCCAAGCGAGAGCAUCUGAGGCGUUCACUAAAUUUGGAUCGUAUCAUCGAUUGCUUGAAAGGGAUGGUAUUAAAAUGCUGAAAACUUUGAAACCGAUCUUAGCAGACAUGGGAACGUACCUACACAAAGCGAUCCCCGACACAAAAUUAACAAUCCGCAAGUACGCCGACACGAAGUUCGAGUACCUGUCGUACUGCCUCAAAGUGAAAGAGAUGGAUGACGAGGAGUUCGGCUACAACGCGAUACAGGAACCGCUCUACCGCGUCGAGACCGGCAACUACGAGUACAGAUUGAUUCUCCGUUGCCGUCAAGAAGCAAGGAAUAGGUUCGCUAGACUGAGGUCAGACGUUCUGGUCAAGCUGGAGCUCUUGGAUAACAAGAAAACCCAGGACGUCGCCUACCAGCUGAGGAGGUUUAUACAGGGGUUGGCUGUUUACCUCAAUGAAACAGUAGAGCAUCUGAAGGAGAACGCGACGUUGUUCCCGGUCGAGGUGGAUCUAUCGCAGAACGCCUUCCAGUACAAGUCUACAGCACAGAUUAUACAAGACAGUCAAGAUGACGGUGACGAAAUUGAAUUCGCGAAAGAAAUACGAGAAUAUCACGACGUGUCAGAUGAAGACACUAAAGACGUUAAACCGACGAAUCGAAGACAAGAUCAAGACAAAGAUAACACUGACUCGUCGGAACAACUGUUACCCGAUUUGACAGUUCUUGACACUGACAAUAUCAACUUUGACAGUGACAGCGCUGUCAAAACUGAUAGUGACAACUUGACAUUGUUGACAGAAUUAGGCCUAGUUGACACCAAGGAGGAUUUUGGUGAUUUUCAAAAUGGAUUAGGAGAAUUUCAGAAUAAACAGGAAACGGAAGACGUUUUUGAUAAAUUGUUAAAUGAUUUGAGUAUUGGUCAGUAAUUGUACAUUGAUUGUCUUAUUAUUAUUAUUUUUUUCGUUCUUGUAUUACUUAAACAUGUUAUAAUUCUGUAUUUAGUAAAUGUUUUUCUAAUGUAAGUAUUAUAGGAUUUGAGAAUAUCCUCCUGAUAAUUUAUUAGAAACUAAAUCCAUUCGGAUUUUAUGUUAUGUCAAAAUAUAAGAAGAUAUAUCUUUGUUUACAUUGCUUUAACUUUAAUUAAUUUCAAAUUAUGACACAGCUAGGCAAAAAGAUUUAGCAAAAUAUUUUGAUUUAAGAAUAUUUUUAUAAAAAAUGAAGUAAUUUGUAAAUGACUUUUUAUAUAAGCGACACGUCAUAUACGGACUCUUUUUAAUUUCCAUAUAUUUUGACUUGUAAAACUGUAUUUACUUUUGAAUUUUUCAAUUUCAAAUAUUUUAAACUGAAUAUUCGGUUUAUAAUUGUUUAUAAAUUCCGCAUAACAUGUGAUGUUGUGUCUAGUCGUGCGUGUAAAAGAAAAUAUUUAUAAUAAAAGUAUUAUACACUGUUUUA